UUUACAUACGUUUCUUCAAAAUUUACACGCAGAUUUGGAAGAAAAAAGAGAAAUGGAUAACCUUAAAACUUCUACAGCCAUUGUGAUUCUCUGUUUGCUCUUCAUCAACUUUUCCUCUACUAUUGGAGAUGAAGGGCAACAAAGCCUGAAUAACCAUGAAAAAGCAGAAUCAGAUACUAAACAAUCUUUCUCAGGUAUGGUGAGAAGUUUGUUUUCCAUCUCAACAAGUUCACCUAUAUCUACAAGCUACUGGGGGAAGCUUAAAAACCAUGUAAACCAAGCUUAUGCCUACUUCUUUCCUCCUAAUCUUGAUUUCAGGCGGAGUGAUCAAGCUGAUGGAACAGGAGCUGGUGAAGCUGCCAGCAUUUAUGGGAGUGGACCUGGAGAGAAGGUGAAAGAGGCAGUUUCAAAAAGCUUGGAGACGAGCAAAGAAACUGUGGAAGAUGCAGCCAAAUCUGCAGCAAGAAUAGCUGGUGAAACUGUGCACAAGACCAAGGAGAAGAUGAAGAAGAGCAUGUCAGCUGGGAAAAAAUCAGAACAAGCUCAAUCUGAACUGUGAUUCAUAAUAUUAAUUAUUAUUAGAUUCAUUUUCUAAGUUUUUGAGUUUCUUUUUCACUUCUUUUUUCUUUUUCUUUUUCUUUUUUUUUCUUUUUUGGAAGAAGUUAUGUAAGUUUGAGUUGUAUCUGUAACUAGUUGAAACUGUUUUUGUUUUGCUUUGUAAUAAUUUGCAAUUGCUGCUCAUAUGAAAUUUGUUAAAAAAAAAAAAACAAAAAAAACAAAAAGUGUCUUCUGUUUAAAUCAGUCCAGUCCAUCACGUUACCUUUUUUUUUUUUAAUUAAUUUUAUAACCAAAAAAAAAAAAAGAUGAAAUUAUCUGCAAUGCUAUUAAGAAUCUUAUUUCCA